UUCCACACAGAUGAACCUACACGGGCUCAAAAAGACAGACUGUCCUGCAGAACACACACACACCGCUGGCUGUGGAUUCUCCAUCUUAUUCCUUCCAUCUGUAGGCCAUUUUUCAGAAACCCAGCAAAACCCACCUCAGGGAGCAGGAGACCGGAGAACAACAUGUGACUGAUCGUACGCCACUGUCGACAGCAUGCUUCGCCUCCAACAGACCUUGAUGUUGUGCUUUUGGUGUCUUUUACUCUUUCAUAGAAAAUCUGUGGCUGAUGAUGAGGCCCCCUGGGGACCGACACCGUCAAAAGAAAACACACCUGCAAAUAAACCAAGCUGGUUUUGGCCCCCAUCUCUGCUAACAUUUCCUUCAUUUUCGUUCCAUAUCCCUUUUUAUGGGAGUUCUGACAGUGAGGACGAGGCUGCUGUGUUGACCACAGGUGCCAAAGGGCUGACAGAACCAAUCAAUCACUUACAAGAUUCAGUUUCAGGGGAAGCGAGCAAUUCUGAAGCUUCUGAACCACCCACCACUUUGACUCAGGGGCUCGUAACCAGCGUGACAACGAUAAGAGCUGAAUCACUUCCCAAGGGGGCAUCCGAUUCUUCACACAGCAGAAUAACGCAUAGCAACAAUGAUACUCUUGUUUCAGACUCCUACUCUUCUACAAGCAGUUUCAUAACAAACACUCUGCUCACCGACAGUCCCACCAGCACAAAUGCUCCUGGACAAAAUGCAACGCAUCCUCUUCUGCCACAGAGCUCUACACAAGCAGCCAGACCCAGCACUAGUGCCACUGUAAGACACCUCCCAGAGGAACACACCGAUAGAGUCAAGGGUGGAGAUUUUACACAAGGCAUCUCUACAGUGAUGGCACCAGAAACAACAGUUCCCACUGCCUUGACAUGGGCAGCAGCCCAAACCACCACAACAAAUCCAGGACUUGUGGAGACCACACUGACCAGCAGACACCCUCUGGGGCUUGUUACUCCCCUUGCAUCCUCAGAAACCACAAGACCACAACAUAGGGCUGUUAGUAUUUCCCUUCACACUGUAGAGACCACAACUGGUGCUCACCCCACUCGGGGUGGGUCUGACUUGAGCUUCUCUAAGACCAGGCUGUGGCCUAUCAAGGAACUGUCAGGGGUAAUCACCACUGCCAUGGAGAUCGAUCACAAACCUGUGCUGGAAUCCAUAACAAGCACAACUCAGAGCCAAGGGGUUAACCUCCAAAUAGCAGCAGAGCUGCCAGAAAAAGAUGAUAAGGAGGAUGAGGAGGAUGAGGAGGCUGAGGAAAGUGUGGUUCCUUCAGCUGCAGAUGGGAAUGGUGACACAAGGUUGUCAGACAUUUCCACGCCAUCAGCUAAGCUGCUAACAACAUCCCAGCCACAGAGCAUAGGCAUUCUCCCAGAAACUCUGAAUAUUCCUCUGUACACUGAAGACUGGAUAUUUGAACCGGUAGACAGUGACACCACCUUUCUUCCAGACUGCAAUAAAGAACGCUCCAGGAUCUGCAACCUCUCAGAUAUCUGGGAUUCCACAACACCCUCAGAUGUAAAACCCCUACAAAACAUCACUGCCACGAACCAGUCAAUCAACCCCUUCCUGAUCCCAGCUCCACCCAUGCUGGUGCCCCUGUACACCGACUGGAACAGUGCCAUGGCAGCCUGGGGCCUGGCCUGGGAGGCACAUGUUUAUGGUGCUGGUUGUGUCUUUGCGAUGUUAACACUAGCCUCUGCGCUCAAUUUGCUCUGCUUGCCACUGCGGUGCCCAUCUGGAUGUGGCUACUUCGCCCUGGUCAGCCUCUUCCUCCUAGCUGCCGGCAGUACCAGAUCCUUCUCCCUCCUGUACGAUGCCUACGGUCACCAGGAUCGCUUACCCUCCACAGAAGCCUCACUUAUGCUCUAUGAAGCCCCAUUUCCCUGUUUGACUGCAGCUUUUGGUCUGGUUUUCCUGCUCCUCUCCAUGCGCUCAAGAAUGCAGCUCUCCUACUCAGCCUUCCAGAGACCCUGUUUCCUGGCCUGCUUGGUUGUCCUGCAUUUUGCGGCUGCAUUCGGUCCGGUGACAUUACUGAAGUUCUACCCACAAAAGCCUUCCCUUUGCCUCUUUCUGUCACUCAUCUCCCGUGGAGCCUUUGUCACACUAGCCACAUUUCUGUCUGCUGCCUAUUUUGUUUUCUACAUAUAUGUUAGGGCAGACUCCAAGCACAUCUACCACCUGAACAACACGUCCCCCACACCUGCUGAGCGCUACAAUCGCUGCCCCUUUGCUGAGAGCCGGGACUGGGACCGUGCAGCUGUAACAGUUUGUCUUUCAGCACUGUUUUCUUUGGCAUGUGCAGGACUGCAGCUGUAUGCAAUGCUGAAUGCUAUGGGUGUUGCAGGUGGAGAGGAGGUCUUCCACCCCUGGCCCUGGUGGGCUUUUCAGUUUAGUUGCAGGCUGUGUGAGCUCGGGGUUUGUCUCACCUUAGCCUUGGUGGUUGCACAGCCAGUCUACUGUUCUGACCACGUUCCAGCUGUAGGAAACUGCUGGACUGAACUGUUGGCAUCCAAAUCGUCCAUCCUCCCUGGGAGCUACCAGUGGACCCUAAACCAGCAGGAAAAGCUUGCUAUUGUGGAUACAGUAGGGCUUGGGGAGACUGAGAGCCUUCCUCUUUACACUCUGAUGGAUGAGAGAAUUGGAAGUAGUCUGAAUGGCCUAGACUUGCUCUACCACAGCAAUCGGGCAUUGGCAUACCGAGACCUGGACUUGGAUAUAGAGUUACAGAAGUCAGAAAAACCUGAGGACGGAGGACACAGAGAGCCAUCGGGCGGAUCCUCGUUUACCAGCGACUCCACUGCAGACCUGCGGCCACCUUCGCCCAUCAACCUGCGUCGCAGCAUAGAUGAGGCACUCUUCAGUGAAGCCCUCUUUUCCAUGAGCCUCUUUGGCCCUGCUAGGCCUAUUCUCUGCAGUGACCUAUCCAUAAACCACCACUGUACACUUCCCAGCAACAGCCUCUGUGAUCCUCUCUCAUCUGACCCUGGCCUUUAUCGGACUUCUUCCUGUGUGGAGAUGGCCAUGCAGCCACAGCCCCCUGCUAACCAAUGUCAAGGAGAAACUGUUGGAGGUGCUCCAUUUCCUUCCCUGCCCUCCUCCUCCAGUUGUUCAUCUCCUGAACGCUGGAGGGACACUUCUUCCUCUUCCUCACUGGUCCUCUGCAUGAGCCCAGACAAAUGCGCUCAACAACUUCUCCAGCAAGGGGACAUGGACCAUGUGGGACCCUGUGGCCACCAGACCAAUGCUGACCCACAAAGGCACUAUCAAACACUGGGUGCAGCCUCACAGGAGAGCCUGGACCUAGACAUGUCAUCUGAAGCAGAUCGAUCUGUACAGGAAGAGUUCAUUAGUGUUUGCAGACAAAUCGAUGCUGUGAGCAUCUGCAGCGAGACUAUUGACUUAUAAAAGGACAGUCAAGUCAAACAAGGGUUACAGUGAGGACUUGUUGCAAAGGGUGUCUGCUUUUUUGCAGCCUAUUUAUAGUGCAUGGACGUUUUUGCAUACACUAUAAAAGACAUAGCUGCCAAAAUUCAAUUUUUGAAAGAUUGAUAAGCUUUAUGUGCUUGUUAGUCAUCGUCGCUGAGGGUCUAAGUGCCAAGAAUGUCAAAAGCCAAAAGGUAAUUUUCAACUUCUACAUGUUUGAUAAAGGCUUAUGAGGUCUGACUCAGUGAGAAGAACAGUAACAUUUUACUAAGAGGAGAUAAUGAAUUUAUUUUUAUAAAUGUUUUUGCUUUCCAACAUUCCAACAUAGUUAGUGACUGAAUAAAUUAUAUACUACUGAAGUUAUACACUCAGAUUCUGCAGAAUAUCAUUGUCAUUAAAUCUCACAUUGAAUAAAUGGGAAUUAGAAUUAAGUUUAUCAUAACACAAGUGCUACGCUUCUUAAUGGCAGUUAUGGUGCAGCGCUGCCCUCUACUGAUAAAACGCACACAAUGUUACCUCAUCCCUCUAAAUUUACCCCCAGUGGACUGGAGGACUUCAAUAAGCAUCUUCUAUGACUGGCUUACUAAUUUAUGUGCAAUCAACAUUGCUCAACACCUUUUAAUAAAGUUUGCUUUUUAACAUCUGGCUUCUUUUACUCAAAGUCUAUGACAAUAUUGUGCAAUAUGGGGUCAUGUUAAUUAAGACACACAGACAUUUUGAUUUCUUUAUUUUUUUUUCCAUAGUGAAGAGCAAAAGUAACUUUCCUCUGUUUUACUGUAAACAUUUUCUGAACAGAUUUUCUCAAAAAUCCCUAAUUUAUUGAAUACCAAGUCGUUUCUGUCCAUCUAAACAGUCCUUCUUUACUGUACGGUUGUUGGACAGAGAAGCUACAAGUAUGUUCUGCUAACUGUAGCUAAAAUCAUAAAAAAGGUAAACUUAUUGUCACUCAGCUUUUUAGAUGGACUAACAGGGCUUAGUUCUGACAAAAUAUUUUAAAAACCUGAAUUCCCUCUUGAGGUGGGAGACUGAAAACAAGCAACAGAUAAUUUCAUCUGAAUACAGGUAUACUUCUUCAUACGAAUGUGUGAAUGUAGAUUUUCUCACGGUCUAUAACAUCUGCAAAAGGUCUGUUAAUUGAAACCCUGUGCAGGGUAAAUUAGCACACUGGAGACAGCAACUCAACUCUUACAACACAGAACAUUUAAAAAAAAGAAAUCUGGCAAACGGGCCAUCCAUAUGAAAAUGACAGAAAAGCCUACUGCUACACAAUCGGAAUGAUAAACACGAUGACGACACUGUUUCAAAGUAUGAAAAAGAGACGACAGUGAUGCAUUACCACGAUCCCGUUUCAGGGUACGUGUCUGGUCAAAAGAAACAGAAGUAAACCCAUCGCAGAGAACCUACGCAACAGUGAGCACAGAAAUGAACUAGUGGCAAGCCAAGAAGUGACUCCUGCCCAUUUUGGUUCUGAAGUUACAACAGAAGA